AUGGCCCAGCACGGCUUCAAUCAAUUUGGGAACAACCCCAACGGGGGUAGCAUCGACCCUAACGACCUCGCCAUGUCGGGCGGCUACUCUCCCUCCUUCAACAACAACUUCAACUCAAACUCGGGCAGCGGUGCCAACGGCUACUCGAGCGGUUCCGCCUUGUUUGGCGAUGACGAGCUUCUUGAUGGCCUCACCGGCCCUCCCGAUAACCAGUCUGGAAUGUCCGGCCAAGGCCAGGACUUUUCAGGACUCAACAUGGGCUUCUCCCAGAGUGCCUUUUCCCACCGCAACUCCGGAAUGGACCAGUCGCACAUGAACGGCUACUCAAAUACCCCCGACGGAGAUCCCAUUCAAAGCCCUUUCAACACAGGCUUCACCCAGUACCGCCAAAUGCAAGGUCACUCCCUGGGCACCUCGCUGCACUCGCCCUUGUCCUACUCAGGAUCCCCUCUGACCGGCGACAUGAACGCUGACGCCAAUGAUCCCAACUACCUGAAUGCCAAGGCCAGGGCCCGAAUGAGCCAGCAAAUGCAGCGAAAGACAUCCAACAGCCGCAGCCCCAUGUCUCCGAUGACUCCCAAGACUGCCACUCUCCACGGCAUGACAAUCGGAUCGCAAGAGUCGCCAGGUUUCGGAGGUCAGGCCAUGAAGUCGCCCAAUGGCCAGUGGAUCAACACCCCGACUGGAAGCAUUCCGGCCUCUUACAACUCCGGCUUCUCCUCUCCCAUGCAGCCGGGCAUGAACCAGAUCAAUGAGGUCAUGAUGAAGGGUGGAACCUCGAUGCCCGCCAAGCUCGGUGUGGCUCCAAACGCAGUCUCGUCGCAAGAGAUGAAGCGGAAACGACGCCGAGAGUCUCACAACCUCGUGGAGCGUCGCCGACGAGACAACAUCAACGAGAGGAUACAGGACCUCAGCAGACUGGUUCCCACACAUCGUCUUGAGGAUGAGAAGAUCCGAAAGCUCAUCCAGAAUGGUACUCCCCUUUCACCCACGCUCACCGGCAUUUCCAGCCCAACCCAAGCUACUUCGGGGCUCGCUGGACCGGGCGCACGGAGGGCCACUGGAAGCACGGCUGGUAAUAUCACAACGGGCCUGCCCAUCGAGGAGAAGGACAAGGGCCCCAACAAGGGUGACAUCCUAAACGGCGCCGUCAGCUGGACCCGAGAUCUUAUGUGGAUGCUUCAUCUCAAGCUUCAACAGCAGGAGGAGAUGAUGAACACGAUCGCCGAGCUUGGCGGUCAUUUCCCUUUUGAGUUGACCGAGGAUGAGCGACGUAUGCAGACUGAACUGAUGGAUGCCAUCUCCAAGAGUGAGAAUGGUACCUUUUCUUACUCGCGGACAGCGGGAUCUGGUCUGCGUGUGCCUCAUCACACUGAUUACCGAGGCGAGUCUCUCACUGGCUUGGGCGGAGGUGUCGACCCCGUAAGCCUCAGCCCAGACGACAACGCCGACCUGAACGAUACCAACCAAUUCUGGCAUGACCCUGAUGACAACGGCAGCGGUCAAGCCUCGAUCAACUUCAAGGAGGAGGAUGAGUACGACAUGGAUCUCACGCAGUAG